AUGGUUGGUGGCACCAAAAUCUCUACCUCUGCUCCUCUUGCGCUUCCGGCUGCUAACGCAGGUUGUCCUGCCGUCUGCGUUGCAGCGGCUGCGCUGGUCCCUGCUACCUCUGUCAUCCUCAUUUGUUCUGUGACUGCUGCGUCUGUCCUGGGUUCUCCUUCCCGGUCCUCUCCCUCCCUGUCAUUGUUUGCCGCUGUAGUGGUGGGCUGUUGUUCCACCUGCGCCUCUCUGGCUGUACCGGUCUCUGCUCUGCCUCCCCUUGUCUCCACUCCCUCCCUGCCACUGAUCCCAGUAUCCUGUAUGAAAAGGCUGCUGGUGCUUCCCACCUGUAGCAUGCCUGGCAUCGGGCUGGCCUGUGCUGCUGGUGGGUUCAGCCAUGGGUGUGGGGCGGUGGGAGUUGGUGUGUGGGCAGGAAGAGAUGCUGCUGCUGCAGGUGCCUCUGUGGUCUCUGCUGCUUCCGGAGGCCUCACUAGUUCUCCGCUGACGUCCGCCGCUGCUGGGGUAGAUUGUAACCUACCCCGUGCUGUGACGGUUGCACCUGCAUCUGUCCUGGUCUCCCGUUCCCUAUCCGCUCCCUCCUUGUCUUUGCCUGCCGUUGUUGCUGUGAGGCGUUGUUCCACCUGCACCUCCCCUGCUGUACCGGUCUCUGUUGUGCCUACCCCUGUUUCCAAUCCCUCCUUGCCGUUGAUCUCGGCACCUUGCAUGGAACGGCUGCUAGUGUUUUUUACCAGUAGCAUGCCUGGCAUCGGGCUGGCCUGUGCUGCUGGUGGGUUCAGACAUGGUUGUGGGGCGGUAGGAGUUGACGUGUGGGUAAGGGGAGAUGCUGGUGCUGUGGGUGCCUCUGGUGGGGAACGCCUCGGGGAGAUGGUAUCAAGGAGAGCUACUGCCCCCUUGAGCAGGUCGGUGUAUAGGUACGUGUACCAGCUAUCUGGCGUACCAACAUACCUUGUGUCGUCGACCAGUGAGAUACUAGGUGUAGAUGGGUCUGCGGGUGGGUUGAUGGUUGGAGGUUCCAUAGCUGGGGCUGUCGGUUCUAGUGGUGUCAGUUCAGGUGAGCUCGCCACUGCCGUGCUAACGGUUGUUGCUGCGACUGUUGGUGUGUUCAUGGCUGUUGCAGCUGCCGGUGUGAUUACUGGCGCUGCCGUGUUUGUGGUCUGUGUCAUCAAGCCUGCAGCUGCUCUCCCCAAACUUGUUGCCGCUGCUGCAGGUGUGGUCACUGCUGUUGUGGCGGUUACGUUCGUGCUCAUGGGUGCUGCUGUGGCUGUCGGUGUCUUCAUCGCCUCUGUGCCCGCCGGUGUGAUUACGGGCGCUGCUGCGGUUGUGGCCUGUGCCGUCAUGCCUGCCGGUGCUGUCCCCAAGCCUGUUGACGCUGCUGCAGCCAUUGGCUCGGCGUAUCCGUCGUGUCCUGAGCUGGCGGAUUGGACAGAGGGAGUUUGCAGGGGGGAGUUCUCUGACGUGGCGUAA